AUGGACGCCUUCACCCGCUUCACCAACCAGACCCAGGGCCGGGACCGCCUCUUCAGAGCCACUCAGUACGCAUGCAUGUUGCUUUCGUAUUUGUUAGAGCCUAAGGCUGGCAAAGAGGAGGUGGUCAUGAAGCUCAAGAAACUGGAGUCCAGUGUGAGCGCUGGCCGUAAAUGGUUCAGACUGGGCAACGUGGUCCAUGCCAUGCAGGCAACCAAGCAGAGCAUCCGUGCCACCGACCCUGUGCCCCGCCUAUGCCUAACGCUAGCCAACCUGAACCGUGUGAUUUAUUUCAUCUGUGACACCAUGCUCUGGGUGAAGAGCGUGGGUCUGGUCGCUGGCAUCAGCAAAGAGGCAUGGAGGAGGCGAGCUGCCCGCCACUACUACUACUUUCUGCUGCUGAGCCUGGCCAGGGACGUGUAUGAAAUCUCCCUGCAGAUGGGACGGGUCGCGCACGACAGAGCCAAGAAGGAGAAGGGGUCCUCGCAGAGUCCUUCUGGGUUCAGCGUGGCCGACGAGGAGACGGAGUGGCUGCAGUCCUUCCUCCUCCUCUUGUUCCGGUCUCUGAAGCGCCACCCCCCACUGCUGCUGGACACUGUGAAGAACUUGUGUGACAUCCUGAUCCCUCUAAGCCAGCUGGGGAUCUACAAGUCUAAUCGAGGCCUCAUCGGCCUGGGAGGGUUCGUGUCCUCAGUUACAGGCAUCAUCACCGUGGCCUAUCCGCACAUGAAACUCAGGACCUGCUAGGGUCCUUUGAGGGCUGAGCCAGACUGGCCUUCAAAGGCGACCUGCUCGUGGAGUGGACACUUGCUGUGGUCACAAGCCAGGCCGUGCCUGGGUUCUCAUUCUAGCCAAAUCUGAACAACUGCAUCGCUGGGAGACAGGAGCCAGAAUGAAGAAGGGAAGCAUGAAGAUUUCAGCUCAUGUGAUUUUCAAGAUGCUGGAAUCACUGCUGGAUUUCUGAGUAUUUUCUCUGUGUUCAACAUUUAGUGAACAUUUCUGAUGUGCCCAGUAGGAACUUAGAAUAAGAUCUGGAAGGAAAAUUGAACAUGGCCCAAUCAAUCACAUGGUGACACUUUGGGUAUGGUUUUUGCUUGACUGCCCAUGCAGAGCAUCUAAGGAUCCACUAUACCCCACUGCCACCCUUGGGUCUAAUAUUAUCUGUGGGUAGAGGUCAUUAGGCAGUGUCAUGACUCAGCCACAAUUGGAAGCAGAAAGGAGUUGAGGUGAAAAUGGGUAGAAGGUCACCUGUUAUGUGGCCUGGGACGGAUAAGGGUGCUGAGAAAAUAUAAACACUACUGGUUCUUCUGACUGGGAAUCCUUGUUUGUCCCCAGGAGUCUUCCUGAGUUCCUGGCAGAGUGGGAGCCGGGGACUCUAGGACUCUGUGCUUUUAUCUCGCCACUCGCCCUAACUCAGUACUUCCAUUGGUCAGUGCUUCAUAGUCUGUUCUACAAAACUGCAAACUGACUUGUGAGCCAGCUUGUUCUUGUCUAACCCCAUGUAACAGUCUGAGUGCUUCUGCAUUAAUUAGCAGUUUAACAUGUCAUGACUUGAGUGUGCGAGGGUUGCAGUUUACUCUGAUAAAUCCAAUUCCUCAUCAUAGGGUGCCCGGGGGAGACGGGAAAGGUCAGGAAGGGGCCCAGAGGACAUUUCCCUGGGUUCCCUGCCUCCCAUCCCGGGUGUCAGAUUUUAUGGGGACAGAUCCUUUCAUCUGAGGGAGGUGAAAUGGGCAGGUGAGACGCCAGCAGGUGGGGGCAGAGUCAGUCCAAUCAGUAAGGCUGUGUCAUUUCCCUGAACGCAAAUGUGAGCAAAAUUCCCACAGGCACAACUUGUCUGUGGACUCAGGUCCUUGGCUCUCUGUUCUCUAGGCACACAAUCAAGACACGGGGUUUGAGAAAGCACAAUUCGGGCCCUUGAAGAGACAUGCCCAGUACUGUGUAUCAGGGCCGAUACAGUUUAAAUGACUGUUUAGACCUUGUCCAGAUCCUGCAUUCUGGUAGGUUCAUUAUGUCCAAUAAAUUCUGAAACAAACU